UACCUACGUGAGACACUGCGCAUCCCGCUGUACAAGGAGGUCAACUUGUGGGCGCUUCCAGAUCCCCCCAAAGGAGAGAAACCAAACCAGCCCUAUCCUAUACUGAUCAAGCUCGCGAUUUAUGGAAGCCCAAACAAGCAGCUCACGCUACAAGAGAUAUACACGGCACUAGAGGACCGUUUCGAAUGGUUCGACGAUCGACGAAAUGAGAAGGCUUGGAAGAACUCGAUUCGCCAUAACCUUUCUUUGAACAAAGUCUUCAAACAUGCACCCCGUGACAUCACGGAGACAGGCAAAGGAAAGUAUUGGCAACUCGACUGCUCUGGUGGUGAGGGUUACAAGCGCCCUCGUAAGCGCCGCAGCAAGUCUGCUCGAGCAGCACUUGAACAGGGCGAUGAUGACAAUUCUUUCUUGGAAGGUUGUGACGUGGUGGGGAUGAAUUUACCUCAGGCUGGCAUGCCAGCAGGUUCAAGUCAUGCUCCGAAUUGUCCUAGUUCCAUGGCCGCAGCAUCUGACAACUUCCGCAUUGAUCCUGAGUUGAGACGGGGAAGUCACAUUGUUGGUGAACGUCAAACGCGAUCUGCGUCGCGCAGACCUACCGUCAGUCCAUAUCAACGUAAACUUGGAACAAGUUACCUUCUACCACUUGUGCCAUUCUCUGAGUGGCUCGAAAGGCUUGAAUAA